CUUCUUCCAUCCGCCAUCAUCCUUGAAUUGAAUGAAACUUCAUUCUCUUCAUUCAAUUUAUUAUCGCACGUAAUUUCGUGGGAAUAUUACGAGAGCAAUAUGUACAGUGACGAUUGUUUUUUAAUAAAUUUUGCUAAAGUGUUUGGGGAAAGCGUGUGUCGGUAGACAUAGCCCAAGUACGUAACGGUUCACGCAAGAUGCUGUUUGCUGAUAAUUCCCAUGUGAUCUAGUAAAACGUCAUGACCACAAUGAAGAAUCCAAAUUCAACGUCUUCCAAGCUUGCUCUCCUCAGCCACAUCAAGUACGAACACCUGGUAGCUGGUAUAUCGGGUGGUGUUACCUCUACGCUUAUUCUGCAUCCUCUUGACCUCAUAAAAAUUCGAUUUGCAGUAAAUGAUGGCAGAACCGCGACAGUGCCGAGAUACGACGGGUUAGGCAGUGCCUUUGUGACCAUCGUGAAGAAGGAGGGCGUCAAGGGGCUCUACAGAGGGGUCACGCCCAACGUCUGGGGCUCCGGCUCUGCGUGGGGCUUCUAUUUCCUAUUUUACAACGCAAUAAAGACAUGGAUUCAAGGCGGCAACGCACGCACGCCCCUAGGCCCCGGUCUGCACAUGUUGGCCGCGGCAGAAGCCGGGGUGUUGUCGCUGGUGAUGACCAACCCUAUAUGGGUGGUGAAGACCCGGCUUUGCUUGCAGUACAGCGAGGAACACGUGGCGGAUAGCAAGAGGUACAGGGGGAUGGUCGACGGCCUCAGGAAGAUAUAUAGGACCGAAGGCAUCAGAGGACUUUAUAGGGGUUUCGUCCCAGGAAUGUUCGGGGUGUCGCACGGCGCGCUGCAGUUCAUGACAUACGAGGAGAUGAAGAACCGUUACAACCAGUAUCGCAAUCUGCCGAUAGAUAUUAAACUGACAUCAGUGGAAUAUCUAACGUUCGCCGCUAUAUCGAAGCUAAUCGCAGCCGGCGCCACCUAUCCCUACCAGGUAGUAAGGGCCCGUCUCCAAGACCAGCAUCGCAACUACGAGGGCACUUGGCACUGCAUCACGGAAACAUGGAGGCACGAAGGCUGGCGUGGAUUUUACAAGGGUUUGAAGCCGAAUCUAGUGAGGGUUGUUCCUGCCACGAUGGUCACUUUCCUCACCUACGAGAAUGUGUCCCAUUAUUUAUUGCAACCAAAACAGGAAAUCAAGUUGCCUUCCUAAUGAGAAAUGAGAGGUGAAUUUAGUGUGAGAACGCGGAUAUAUUGUAUUUCCCCCGCUUUUGGAAACGGUAGGACGUUUUGUUUUAAUUCCUAUCGUUAAAGACCUAUAUCGACGAUGAAGAAAUUAGGUUUAGGUGACUAAAUUAUUUUAUCGAUAUUUUUCAUUUUAUGUUUUAGUGAAAGAAUGGACGUAAAGCCUUUGCAGGCGAGAGAUUUUUGUCUACCACAUCGAAAGCGCACACUAUAGUUAUAUAGGCUAUCUAUUUACAGGAUUGUAAUGUCUGCGUACAAAAGUUUUUCUUGUGUCGGACAGAAAGCAUUUAUGCACUGGCUUAGCCAGUUCGCUCGGCAUUUCUCGCCUCUCAUUCGUGAAUGUGUCGACCAAUCAACAAAGCUCCUUUUAGCGGACGUACGUGAUUGGUCUAUUUCUGCACGUUUUCGUACAAUACCGCGCUGUGGAAAUGCAUCAAGAUAAUUCAUCUAAUGUAUUAAUACGAGAUGUUAAAUUUCGUGCACGCGACCAUAAAAAAGAAAAUAAAAUAAUUUAUUUAAUAAUUUUAGGCGCUCGCUUUUGUUACGCCUCAGGGGGCAUUUAUAAAAAACAUGUUUGUGUGAACUUAUUUGCAGAUCAAUCCACAUUUAAUAGCGAUUACCUUUAGUUAUUUAAUAAGAUAUGUUUAGGUAGAUAUUGAUAAAAUUAUCGCUUGACCAAUGAGAUUUUUCGGAAAUUUUAUUUUCACAAAAUUCCAUUGUACUUAGCGUUAAGUAUAUAUACGAAAUAUAUAUACGCAUUCGUAAUUGUAAUUGCAAUUUGUAGAAAUUCCUUUUCCCCAAUAUACUAUCAUUACAUCACUUUAUAAUCACAAGUCAAUUUUUAGUUUAAAGUAUCAUUGACUUAAAAGAAAUAAAAAAUAAAUAAGAAAAUUAAAAAGUUUUAUUAGAGCCUUAUCACACCGUCACCUCUCAUUAUUAUAUUUUUUUUUAUUUCUUAAUUUUUCUUCUUUUUAAUAAUUAUGUGACGGUUUAAUUUUAUUUUAAAUCGUUUCUUUUAACGGAGCACUUGAUUGUAGUACUAAGUAUUGUUUUGAAUUAGUUUUAAUUGUUUUAUUUUGAAGACAAACGUGGCUGUGUCCAAAUACAGUUCCUUUAGGUGUUUUUAUUUAUAAGUAGUAACUAUAUAAUGAAUUUAAUAACCGAUUAAACUAUUAAUAUAUAUUGACCACUUAAAAAAGGAACUUUUCUUGACAUUCUUUUUAGAGUCGUAGCUGAAAAUCAAAUGUUAGUAUCAUUUAUCCAUUUACAUUAAAAAUAGGAACGUGGCCUAUCAGUCUUUUCAAGACUGUCGGCUCUGUCUGCCCCGCAAGGGAUAUAGACGUCACGUAUGAAUGUACAUUAAAAACGUACGAAGUUGUAAAGGAAGGUUUCUUGUGUAGUACCUAUACCUACCUUUUUAUACCUACAAGAAAAAAUGAGAUAUAUGGAAUGCUGUCGAGAUGAUGAAGGACUUGUAUGGAAGAGAUUAUGUACCAAUUUCACAGAGUGGGGAUGAAGUGAGAAAGAUUAUGAAUAAGAUUGGCAGGGUAAAAAGUCAACAGACUUACUUUUGAUAUUUGAACUCUUCUGCCACUUUCUUAUUAUUGCACUUGUAAUAUUUGAAUGUUAAUUAAAUAGGAAAAAAAUUAUGGUUUCGUGAAGGUGACGAAAUUAUGAGUAUCUAUUUACAUAUUUAUAUAUACAACAAGAGAAAAAAACAGCAAGAAUUUGAACUAAAGAUAUAUAAAUAAUUUCACUAAUGAGCGCGUGUAUUGUUUUUUUCUAAAUGAGAUUCCUAACACUAGUUUUUUUUGGACAGUCGGCUAUCACGAUUGUAAAAUCCAAACACUGAUGAGAGUUAGAUAGGUAUAUUAGCAAUAUCAUUCAUGAUUUAUUUAUAUUUAUACAUAUUAAAGUGUGCUAUAAAUAAAUAAAAUAGUGAGGAAUAUUAUGAUUUAUGUUUUCGUUUGUUUUUUCCGGAAGCGUUUAAUGUCAAUAAUAUUACAUUUUUUUUUAUAAGUGUACUUUUUUGCGUGUUUGAAAUAUAAUUUCAUCUUUGUUUGUUUUCCUCUUAUGUACAAAUGUUUCUGUUUUUGCGCGAAUAAAUAAUUGUAAAGAU